AAGUACGCGCGAAACAUAUUUCGAUUAAGAACUCUGUGUGAAUUAUUUUAGCUGAAAACUGAAGAGUGCUUAUAAAAUAUUUCAAGUGAAAAAUGGCUUUGGAAGUGAUGUCGAAAUUCGCGUUUUACGCUUUUCACGUUAUCAAAGGACUGUUCGAGAUUGCCGUGGGAACAGAAGAGUUCAUUUACGAUGACAAAGGCAACGUAAUCGCGAAAUUACCAUCCAAACGCAAGCAAGUUUUGGUAUUCGCAAAGAAUUUUCUCAAAGAACCGGUAAUGUUGGGCGCGAUCUUUCCUAGUUCACAAUUCGUGGUGCAGAAAGUAUUGGCUCCAAUUGAUUUUGAGAAUGCAAAAGUGAUCGUCGAAUACGGAGCUGGUGUCGGUAAUAUAUCUAUUGAAAUUCUGCGAAGAAUGCGCAAAGAUGCAAAGCUCUUGGUGUUCGAGAUAAAUGAGGAUUUGAUCGCUUUCUUGAAAAAUGAGUAUCACGACGAGCGUCUUAUUGCCUCCGGUCGUUCGGCUGCCGAUGUCGAAGAGGUGCUACGUGAACACAAUUUGGGCCAACCCGAUUAUGUAUGCUCGAGCAUUCCGUUCUCUACGAUGCCACCAAAGGUUGCCGACGAAAUCGCCAAAGCCACCAAAUCCAUUUUGAAACCCGGCGGAAAGUUUUUGGUGUAUCAAUACAGAAGCAAAAUCUUGGACUUUUUGAAACCAUACUUCAAACACAUCGAUCGCAGCUAUGAAAUUGUCAAUGUACCACCAGUUAGACUCUUUUUUGCUUAUAAUUGAGCUUGAAAUCGUUUAGAUAUUAGAAUCAAUUAAUAAGGUUUAUUAAAAAAAUAUUUUGUACAUAAUUGCUAAGUUAUUUGAAUAAAAAUGCCACUUUUCCACA